ACACCUUAAAUGAAAUAUGAGAAACUAAUGAUAGUGAAAGAUGUCACCACAGUUUUCACUUAUUUGAUCAAUAUUUCAAUAAAUGAUUAAGAUACUUAAAUUUUGGGAAGGAGCUGAUAAACUAUAAAAUAUAUUGUUGUAAAACAUCACCAUAUACUUUGAGUUCCAUCAGCAUCUAAAAAUAAAGCAUCCUGACAGUGUUACUGUUCCUCAAAUCAAAGUGCAGUGACGUAGAUAUGGAAAAUUUCCAAGUUCCUUUUGGAAAUUCUUUUAGACAUUGUCGUUGUGUUAAAGGACAUUGACAAAGGGAGAGCUGUUAAGGUGGCAGAUGAUUGCUAGCAGGCUCUAUUUGACUAGGUAAAGCUCUAAUGUAUUUACUACCUUGCCAUAAGUCAGUCACUGGUAUCCUGCUCUCUCAUUUGUAGGCGACUAAAUUGCUGAUCUCAAAGUUGAGGAAAGUUGCCUUGGGAUCUGCUCACUUUGUGUUGCAAGUAAUAUUUCCGUCUGUAAUCACUACCGAAUGUCACUGAUUUCGACUCACUGGGAAUCGUUUCCUUUGUGGAUGAAGUUUUAGUUGUUUAGUCAAUAUAAAGAUGAAGCAAACGACAUUAGAAAAGUCUUCAGUUAAGACAUGAACUAUUUUCUGAACAUGAAAAUGUCUGCUGUAAUUAUUUCAUAUUGUAAUCUUAUCUCCUGCUAAAAAAGGCUCAGGUGAUGCAAGUUCUCUUAUUCUAAGGUGAGGACAAUAUCUUAGGAAAUUUUUCUAAUAAUUAAAAAAACCCGAUAGAAAGGUUUUGUUUGUGUUCAGUUUAUCCUUUUUCUUUAUAAAAACAAAAAGGCGAAUCAAUUUAUUCUGCAGUAGAUAUUGCCUUUUUAAUCCUCAGUUUUAUUUUGUAAAGCUGGCUCAUGAUCAAUCAAAUUUGUACAGCAUGCUUCUCUUGAUUGAUCAGUGUGUGUUAUCCAGUAAGUAAAUAUUGACUGUGUACCUAAACACAGAUGUAAAAAAAAAAAAAGAAAAGUGUGUAUACUGAAGCUAUAAUGAGCUCUAGGUGCAGCUCUUACACAACAUAACUUUUGUAAUCGAACAAAGAAAGCAUGCCUGUUGUCUGUGAUCUCAGUUCAACUUUGAAGGUGCAGCCCGGAUCAAAACCUGUAUGAACACAAAUUAAAAAAACAAAUUAAACAAAGCUGUUGUAAAGGCUCACCUUUCAGCACAUUCACUUCACCAGAUGCACCUUGUUUCUUUUCCUCACCUUUGAUUGGGUGUGGUGCUUGGCCUUAAUUGCACUCACCUGUCACUCGUUAUAUAAGGACUGCACUCACCUACCCCUCACUCUUUCUUCACUCCCACAUGGGGCGGCAGCUGAGAGAGAGCAGUCCAUGUGUGUCUUUCUUUCCUUUACCCGUUAUACAAUAAAACGACAAAACCUGUAAAUGAUUGACUGCUUAUUCUCAUUCUAAUCGGAUGAGCCCAUGAUGAUGACUACUGAAACCCUGAACCUUCCUUCCUCCAAAACAUGGUCCUCCGAGCCGGAGUAGCGUUAGCGUCAUGGAUUCACAGCAGCCAUUGACUGAAGAUUUGAGACGUUCCGGUCGUGAUAGUCGACCUCCUGCCCACCUGCAGCAGUAUGACGUUCAGUAUCCUGGAAGUAGAAGUGCUAGAUGUGAUACAGAGAGUCAAACAGAAUGCCAGCACAGUGACAAAGACACACAUGGGCUGCAGGAUCCUGUCGGAGAGUCAGAAAGACAACCAGAGACAUCCCCUGCUCCUUUACCCACCAAUCAAGAUGAGGUGAUGAGGGAACUCCUGAUGACAAUGAGGGAGAUUAGGCAAUUCAUGAUUCAGUUAUCUCCUCCCCAUUCUCGCAGUUCCUCCAGAUCUUCAAUUCACACUGUCUCUGAUGAAAGCAAAUCCUCUGUUUGCGGUUUACAAGCCAUUCCCCAAACACAUCAGCAACAUGAGCAGUUCCCAGUGAUUGAUCCAGCAACAUGUCAAUCACCCUCUCAGCCCCCCCAGGUUAGCCGUCACUCUGGUGCAGUUCUGGCUGCUAGCCCUCCUUUCCCUAAUUCAACAAUAUUAGAUGCUGCAGUUCCUUCAAGUGGUUUGCCUAGACCAGUUUUUCCUACACCAGAUGAGACUCCUUUUAAUUUCCUGGCCACACCACUGCAAGGUCCCCACCAGAUUUCAUGUGUUCAACCUGCUGUUCCUCUAGAUGAAGACCCCGCUCAACCUCUCGUCUGCAUUGCGGAACCAAGGCAGCACCCUCCUGUAAAGCAGCAACCAGCUACAUCUGAUGGUUUGCAUGCACAAAAACCUUCGGUACCCAUUACUGCUAGUUCUAGUCACCCUGUUAGCACUAGAACACAUGUGUAUAAACUUGAGGGUCCUUCUUUCCCAGACCUUACCAGAGAAGAUGAAAUCCAGUAUAGGCUGUUACGAAUGGCCCUUACUAACCUGCUUGACCCUCAUGAGACGGAGCACUUUAAAUAUCAUGUCCUCCUCGAUCAUCUGAAAGUAGACCAAGCUAAACGGUUAGCUAUUUCCUUUUCCUAUGCUCCUGACCCAUACACUCAAGCCAUCAAAGCUCUUGAUGAGCGUUAUGGGCAACCAAGACAGCUAGCAUUGAAAGAGCUACGGAAUAUACUGGAGCUUCCUCCUAUCAGAGCAGGUGAUGGUCGGACUCUGGAUAACUUUGCUCUUCGUGUGCAAGCUUUAGUUGGUUUGCUUAGCACUAUGGGUGAUCAAGGACGGACAGAACUAAAUUGUGGCUCCCAUGUCGAUCGCCUACUUGAAAAGUUGCCCGCAGAGCAUUCCAGUCGCUUCAAACGGCACAUUUACAGGGAACAAGGAGAUAUGAUGUAUGACUUACCUUUGUUCUCAUCCUGGUUGCAAAUGGAAUACAAGUGUCAACCAAGAAAGGACAGUGUCAUGGUCCUGGGCCAUGUUGGCCCAGUAUUCUUAGUUUUCUUGUAUGUUUGUAUUUUGUUCCCUAUUUAGG